AUGUUAUUUAUGAUUAUAUGGCUUAAUUUGGGCGCGGUUGUGAUCGUAAAUAUCUCGUAUCAAGCAAUAAAUAAAAGGAAAAUUCAUUCAAAACAAACUCCCUCCAUUUUACAAUUCUUUUCUGGGAAAAUGAGGAGCAUUAUGCAACCACAAAUUUUACACACGCCUUCAAUGAUCCUCCACUACGCUUCCAGUAGCAAGAAACGCAGGAAACAAAGACAACUCAACCGGAUACAGAAGAAUGAUUUCUACCAAAACAGAAAUGCCAACGGCCUCUCUUUUCCAGUUCCAUCUCCUACUCCCCUUCUAAUUAAUCUUAAUACUUAUACACAGACCAAACUACAAGCCUUAGAUGAUGUCAUUAAAGACCUCGAAUCCUCUAUCGGAAAGGGCAUAAAGAUCGAUACCCAGAUCAUCUCUUCUCUCUUAGAAACUUGCUAUCGCUUAAAUUCUAUUGAUCAUGGUAUGAGGAUUCACCGCCUGAUACCCACUUCCAUUUUACGUAAAAACACUGGCGUUUCUUCCAAGCUGUUGAGGCUUUACGCGUCGUGUGGAUACAUGGAUGAAGCACACCAAAUGUUUGACGAAAUGUCUAACAGAGAUGAGUCUGCUUUUGCUUGGAAUUCGCUUAUUGCAGGCUAUUCUGAAUUGGGUCUAUACGAAGAUGCUAUUGCACUUUACUUUCAGAUGGAUGAAGAAUAUGUUGAACCAGAUGAGUUCACAUUUCCUCGUGUGUUAAAAGCUUGUGGUGGACUUGGCUUAAUUCAAGUCGGAGAGGCUGUUCAUAGAGAUUUAAUUCGUUUAGGGUUUGCAAAUGAUAGAUUUGCUUCAAACGCGCUUGUUGAUAUGUAUGCAAAAUGUGGUGACAUUGUUAAAGCUCGAAGCAUUUUUGAAAAAAUGGCUUCUAAGGACUCUGUUUCCUGGAAUUCCAUGCUCACUGGUUAUGUUCGUCAUGGGCUCAUUAUAGAGGCAUUCCACACUGGUCGUAGGAUGCUUCAAGAUGGACUUGAAUUGGAUUCAGUGGCAAUUUCGUCACUUUUAGCAAAUGUAUCUUCUUUCAAACUAGGAGUUCAAAUUCAUGGAUGGAUUCUUAGAAGAGGAAUGCAAUGGGAUUUGUCCAUUGCAAACUCUUUGAUUGUUAUGUACUCGAGUAAUGGCAAGUUGGUGCAAACCCGUUGGUUGUUCGAUAAUAUGCAGGAGAGGGAUGUUGUAUCAUGGAAUUCUAUAAUAUCUGCUCACUGUAAGGACCCUCAAGUAUUAGCUUACUUUGAGAGGAUGGAGAAUUCUGGAGCUUUUCCUGACAAUAUCACAUUUGUGUCAGCACUAUCGGCUUGCGCUCAUUUGGGUUUAGUGAGGGAUGGGGAGAGGUUAUUCACAUUGAUGACAGAAAAGUAUAGAAUUAAACCUAUCAUGGAACACUAUGCUUGUAUAGUCAAUCUUUAUGGGAGAGCAGGGUUGAUCAGCGAGGCAUAUUCUUUAGUAGAUAAAAUGGAAUUCGAUGCUGGUCCAACUGUGUGGGGAGCAUUGUUAUAUGCUUGUUACCUCCAUGGGAGUGUAGAUAUUGGAGAGAUUGCUGCUCACCAUCUCUUUGAGUUGGAGCCGGAUAACGAACACAAUUUUGAGCUUUUGAUGGAGAUAUAUGAUGAGGCAGGUAGGCCGGAGGAUGUAGAGAGAGUAAGAAUAAUGAUGGUGGAUAGAGGAUUAUGAUUAAUUGUGUACAGAAUUAAUUUGUACUAAUUACUAUAUACAUCUAAAGGAUGAAGCAUUCUUAUGUUGGCCAAGCUGUAGCUACAACGGGCUUUGAUACCGGAAUUGCAUCAUCCUCAUGUAUUCAUGUAGAUUUUGGUCAUGGGAGUUACUAAUGCUUUUAGCUCAUUUACUCUGUGACUUCAGUGUGUUAGAACAAUUACAGUUGAAUGUCUAUAUAAUUUGAAAGAUAAAUAGAGGAAUUCGAUGCUGAGAAGUCUUACUAUGAACAUGUCCUAAAUAAUAAUGAGCCUUAUGACUAAUGCUCAUUUUCUGGCAGUUGGAAGGUAAAGAUAAGUAGCCAAGAGAAUUGGUGGAAGGUGAAUACGUAUAAUCAUUGCAGAGAGACUUACUGUACGGAAACCAUCCAUUGUAUAAUGAUUAAAGGGCUUUCUUUGGCCAAGGGUACGGCAAUUGCAAAGAGUUAGCAAGUAACACGUUUAAAGUCACUGCCUGGUUGCCUGCUAUGAAUUCUAACUAUUGACUUUUGCUCGUUUUUCUUUGGAAAAGGAAAAAAGACCGUUUCACAUUGGUAAUUCUUAAAGCAUCCGUAUAUGGCAUCCACUUCGGCUUCCAAAUUGGACCUUUCUUUUGUUGUUUUCAUAUUUGAUUUCUGAAAUUUCAAGUCUAUUUUAAGCA